GUGGUGAAGCCAAUGUUUGUCGUCGAACUCCAGCAAAUAUGAGGCUGGGAAGAUAAUGGCCCACACUGAACAGGAUGACUGAACCUCCGCAAUUAUCAGUUUGUGUCCUUUUAUGAUGCGUUCUGACAAAACCAAACCCGAAGAAGAGACUCUGGACAGCACAGAACAAAGGAUCGCAUGUGGUUUUUGGACAUGUCCAACCAUCCUUCACAACAUCCUGAUGCAUUGAGAGCGGAUGUUACUGAGUCCAAUCUAACAUCUUCCUGAAAUUUACUGGAUCAGACAUUUCCAUGGAUGAAUUACUGGAGACUUCUGCGGUGUAUGUGCGCACAGAGAUGCCGUAGCGCGACACGUACCGUAAUAGUACUUUUAUGGAAAUUGCUUGGAAAUUUCAGCUCAGCUGAAAGACAUACGGGCAGCAAUAAUAGCACACACCACACAGACACACUGAAGCCAGCGCCGGCGAUCUGUGUGUCUCUGCAAUAAGUGGCUGAUAAAAAGCAAUAAAUUCUCUAAAAUAAAUACAGUCAUCCGCUUGUGCGCCAUGGGCGACGAGGCGUCAAACUUCAGGGGAAGCAGCAGGACCGGCGUCUCAUCACCAAAACCCAGGACUGGUGAGGAUCACGGCAGAGCGGAGAUUCUGGGCUAAAUUAAACCUGAUUACCACUGAAAACAAUGAGAUUAAUGAUUUUUGGACAACUUGUCAGAUUACCACUGUGACAGCUUUUGAUGAUAUUCAGAAAACACGACUCUGGUCUGGGCUGUGUUGGACUUGGUCACUUUGAUUUGCUCUCCCAGAGAUCAAGUGGCAGAGAGGGACAUGAAACGCUCUGUUUUGUGCUUGAAAUAACAGAAUACAGCCAUAUCAUUUAAUCAAUAAGUUCAAAGAAGAAUCUUUAAUAUAUACAUAUAUAUUUUUUUGCACUAUGAUGGAACCACCUCCAUGCUCUAAGAAGAGCCUGUCCCUGUCGCUCCCGGUUCCCCGGGAAGGACAGGCGACUCUGAAGCCUCCGCAGCAUCUCUGGAGGCAACCCCGGACUCCGAUCAAAAUCAAACACCGGGGCUACUCCGACACCGACCGGCACCACCACCGGCACAUGGAGCGCUCCGACGCCGUGGAUACGAGCGACCGACCAGGACUGAAAAAGUCUCGGAUGUCUUGGCCAUCCUCCUUCCACGGGACCACAAACACAUCCAUCGGAAAUUGUGUCGGGAAUAAACGCUUCGAUUCGGAGAAUGGACCCUCACCAGGACGCAGUCCCAUGGAUUCGCAGGCGAGUCCCGGGUUGGUGCUCCACCCUUCUUUCCCCCAGAGCCAGCGCAGGGAGUCCUUCCUGUACCGCUCCGACUCAGACUACGACACGUCCCCCAAAACCAUGUCACGCAACUCCUCCAUCAACAGUGAGGGGCACGCCGAAGACAUGAUUGUCACCCCUUUCGCUCAGGUGUUGGCCAGCCUACGAACCGUAAGAAGCAACUUCACCAUCCUCGCCAAUGUCACAACACCCACUAACAAGAGGUCACCAGUGACAAGCCAACCCACUGUUCCCCAAGCUACACUCUCUGAGGAGACAUACCAGCAGAUGGCUCGGGAGACUCUGGAGGAACUGGACUGGUGUCUGGACCAGCUGGAGACCAUUCAGACCCACCGCUCAGUCAGCGAGAUGGCCUCCAACAAGUUCAAGAGGAUGUUGAACAGGGAGCUGUCCCAUUUGUCGGAGAUGAGUCGCUCAGGGAACCAGGUGUCAGAAUACAUCUCCACUACCUUUCUAGAUAAGCAGAACGAGGUGGAGAUCCCAUCCCCGACUUUGAGGGAGAGGGAGAAACCCAUGUGUCACAUCAGUGGUGUCAAGAAGCUCACGCACAGUUCCAGCCUUUCCAUCUCUGCGAUGCCUCGCUUUGGCGUGAAGACUGAACACGAGGAUGCGUUAGCCAGGGAACUGAACGACUUGAACAAGUGGGGCCUUAAUAUCUUUCACGUGGCAGAGUUCUCCAAUAACCGACCCCUCAGCUGCAUAAUGUUUGCCAUCUUCCAGGAAAGAGAUCUACUGAAGACAUUUCGGAUCCCUGUGGAUACAUUUGUCACCUAUGUGAUGACCCUGGAGGACCACUACCAUGCCAAUGUGGCCUACCACAACAGCCUCCACGCUGCAGAUGUCACUCAGUCUACUCAUGUACUGCUAUCCACACCGGCUCUAGAUGCUGUGUUCACUGAUCUAGAGAUUCUAGCUGCUUUAUUUGCCGCUGCCAUCCACGAUGUGGACCAUCCAGGAGUGUCCAACCAAUUCCUCAUAAACACCAACUCAGAACUAGCCCUGAUGUAUAAUGAUGAGUCUGUGUUGGAGAACCAUCACCUAGCUGUGGGCUUCAAGCUGCUUCACGAGGAGAACUGUGACAUCUUCCAGAACCUUAGCAAGAGGCAGAGACAAAGCCUGCGGAAACUUGUUAUUGACAUGGUUUUGGCAACAGACAUGUCUAAACACAUGAGUUUGCUGGCAGACCUUAAGACAAUGGUGGAAACCAAGAAAGUCACAAGUUCUGGAGUGCUGCUGCUCGACCAUUACACUGACCGGAUACAGGUGUUGAGGAACAUGGUGCACUGUGCCGACCUGAGCAAUCCCACGAAACCCCUGGCGGUGUAUCGACAGUGGACGGAGAGAAUCAUGGAGGAGUUCUUCAGGCAGGGAGACAAGGAGAGGGAGCGAGGGAUGGAGAUCAGUCCCAUGUGUGAUAAGCACACUGCAUCUGUGGAAAAGAGCCAGGUGGGCUUUAUUGACUACAUUGUUCACCCGCUGUGGGAGACAUGGGGGGACCUUGUGCAUCCUGAUGCCCAGGAUAUCUUAGACACUCUGGAGGACAACAGGGACUGGUACCAGAGCACUAUCCCACAGAGCCCCUCGCCACCUCCCGUGGGCCAAGAUAAGGAUCUAAACGCCUGCACGGACAAGUUUCAGUUUGAGCUCACCCUCGAAGACAGCUGUGAGAGAGGACACAGAGACGUGGGUGACAAGCUUACGCCAAACCACGUUGCACAGGACUGCAAUCAGGGGGAGGAAGAUGAGGAGGAGGAGGAGGGCAAAAAAGCGGAGGACAUAAUGGCAGAGGAAGAAAAUGAGGACAUAAUAGAAGAGGAAGAUGAGGUGGCAAUGGAGGAAGAGGAGGUGGAGGAGGAACAGGAGGAGGAAGAACUGAAAGCUCAGCUGGAAGUGAGAUCCGAAAAGGAGAGACUUUCUGACACAAGUCCUGUAGAGGAAGAGGAAGAUUCUUCUUCACAAGCUGAAGAUACAUGAGUUCUGCUCCUGUAUCUCCCUCGUCACUUGCACACAUUAUCUUGCUCAUCCUUUCAAUGGCCAAACCAAGAACAAAUAAGACUGCAUUGACAAUACAGACCUUUAAAUAUAUUUUUCAAAAAGGGAAUAAAUAAAAAUCGCUUAAAGAGAAGGUAAUUACACAGCAACUGUAGAUUUGGAGUGGCAACGAGUCUUUCGACUGACUUCACAACGAACUUUAGUCUAAGAUGGAUUUGGGAGAGCGUUAACGACGGGGACUGAAGACAACGUAGCACUCUGGGACUGGAAUGCACACACAUAAACACACAUAAAGUGACACACACAAUCACAUUGUAGGAGUAAGUCAUGUACAGUACACUGAUGCAAUGUGUUUAUGCAUAGGCAUCAGUCACGCAGUAUAAUUGGAGUCUAAAUGUACCAUGAAAUGACCCACUAACACACACACACACACACACACACACACUUGACUGUAUGUUUUUAUGUGUGCAUUUGCAUGAGGGACAUUGAUCAGUAAUGAAUCUCUUUGGAAAAAGCCAUCUCUUAAUGGAGUAUUAACUAGUGUUCGGUCAGUAUUAGUAAUUCAUGUUCGUUAGAACCUCAACAGAAACUGUUCUCCUCAGAAAAGCUACACAUCCAAGUGACUUUUUUUUCCAUUUCUGUCGGAAAGAAAAAUAAGAAAAUCCACAGAGUUGGACGAGGAGGAAAGAGGAAGAUAUCGAAGGAAAGGAAAGAUGCUGCGAUGAAGGGACCACCGGGUCCCAUUCCCCUUUUCCCUUUACGAGGAGAGUGCUACUGGUGCAAGAUGGCUCUGUGCCUUUCUGAAACACCAGCUUCCUGAAUGGAGCUGUCGUGAAGCAAUGCAUUGUGGGACAGGAGUGUCUGAUUUUGUUAUCAUUUUGAUUGUCUCUUGUUAAAGAUCUCUCUUUACUGUUCAUGGUAUUGUGGUGUGUAUCUCACCCGUACAGUUUCUGUGGUGAUAUGUUUUAAGCUGUAAGUCUUCCUUUGUUGCUCUUCUGGUGAUAUAAUAACUCAGAACUUUAGACGCAGAGCAAUCACUACCACCACCACAACCGCCAGUGGACUCCAGCUUAUAUUUUUUCUUAUUAUGAUGAUUUUUUUUCUUAAACUUUCUGAGAAUAAGCCAUGUGAUGCUUUGAAGCAUAUGUUUUGCCUAUUUUCUAUUUAACAGUUGCUAAAUAUGUUGAAAGGAUAGAGAAUAAUUUCAUCAGCAGAACAAAUUUUCACUCGCCAUCUCAACCCCACUUGCACUGUGUGUUAAUGUCUCCUCAUUCACAACAAUUCUCACCAAAGUAAAGGAUGAGAAACUUCGGCAGGUGAAGUAAUUUGAAGGAACGGAUGGAUAUGAAAAUCAGGGAAGCAGAAUGUCAGGGGAAAGAACCGCGACUUGGCCUAAAGAUGGUCUUGGCAGUCCCUAAUCAUCCUUAUUAUGUUUGAUGCUUUUUUGCCUUAAUGUCAGAUGCAGGAUUCAUACCUGCCAGUAUGUAGAUUUAUAAGAUAUAUAAUAGAUAUCCUAGUAUAUUUAUAUCACGUCUGUAUGCUUAUUUCUGUGAGUAUCAGUGUGUCUAUACACAAUGUAUCCAGCAUUGCAUUUGGAGGGAAAAGGGAAACAUUGCUGCCAGUCCGUCGUUAUGUUGCUGCUGUGCUCAGACCAACUUAAAGAAUGUGUUGUUUUUUUAAUCAGGAUGGUGAAAUGACUAUCUCAUAGCUACCUAGAGACACGCAGACGAAAUAAGGAUUGAGACUGAAGCUUUUGCAGCUCAUGAGAAUGAAUAAGGAUGUCCUUACUCUGAAUAUGUCGACUCCUUGUCACGAUGGAGUCGAUGCGCGAGUGUUUGUUUGUGCGGCUUUUGUGUUGUCAUGAGUAAGCAAGUGAGUAACAGCAAGAGCGGGCAGGAUGCUAAAGAUGUUGUCACGUGUUAUUGUUCCGUCACUGGCAUCAACGCAUCUCGUCGAAUGGUGUUUAGGAUUCGAUCAGCACAGCUUAAAUAGGUCACAGUUUGUUUUGGUGUUUGUUUUUCACAGGGUAAAAAAAAUAAUUUAAAAAAAAGGACAUGGGUGUUUUUUUGGGGGGGUGGGGGGAGAGAUAAGACCAAGUUUCUGCAGGUCAGUAACUGAACUUAUCUGAAGACGCCACAGCUCAGAGCAACAGAAGCCUGUGUGUUUGACCUGCUUUGCAGGACGGAGCAGAGCUGCUUGGCCACCACACAGGCUUUCAUCUCGUGGAAAUGGGAAUCCAGGAUUACUACUGCAGUUACUUAAACACAAGAUUCCCGUAUGCAUCGGCCUUUUACUUUCAAGAUGUUGCUUUGUUUUUGUGGCUUCUUGUUAUGUCAUAAGCUAUAAAAACAUUGAUAUUUAAUUGCCAUACAAACACAAUACUGUAGCAAUUGUUUCUUAUUAAGAAAAUUAUUCAAUUGAUUGAUUGCUGCCAUUCUUUUUAAACAAUGAAAAGAAAACCAUGGGAAGUGUUUUCUUUGAACAGUUUGUGUACAGUUUAUUUUUAUAUCAUUCUGGUGGAUGGU